AUGACAUCUUCCAGUGCCUUUAAUGCGACGAUGCACACUCCCAGCUCGCCAGAAGUAACUUGGAUUGCCACUCGAUUCAAUCCAUAUGUUUGGGCUCGAUCUCAUUUAGAAGAACUGGCUCGGAGGGAAGCCUUAGUCCCCUCAACCCCCCGAGUUGAAGCGACCAACCACGGCGCGCGCGGCCAAAAUGGUGCUAACCUCAGCCCUCGAGCUCAGCGCGCCAUGCGCCGUCACACUUUCGCCGGUGGUCCGAUUGUCAUCGACCUCACCAACCCCCGUAACAAAAGACGAACCCCUCCCGUGGUUAUAGAUCUAACUCUCAGCCCACGCGCCCAGAGAGAGAUGCAGCGGAUCGAAGAAUACAAUCGACAACGCGAAUCUAGGCAGGCCAUGCGUCGCAUAAUCAAGGUCAUACAAGAUAAACGACGUGAAGAAUUUCGUUUUUUUCCUUUACAUGCCUGUCUCACUCUAUAUCGACUUUAA